AGGAUCAAAGAAAAGAAGUGACUAGCAAGAUUGUAUGUAUUGAGUUCUGUGUCUGUCUUUCAAGUUUUUAAAGCCGGGUCCUUUAUAGACACCUUUGGCGGGGUGAUUUGUGAGCUAUCAGGAGGGGUAAAUAUUGGGCUGAAAUCUAGGUGCCCAGAUAUAUGCCUAAAGGUGCCUUUUAGACCUCACUGGAGAUUGGCAUGCCCCGUGAGCUCUCGACUUCCGUGGUGGACGCGUUCUUAUACCUGGCUCGAAGGGUGAAGAAUACGCCUACGAAUGAGCAACUAGCGCAGCGGCUCGCGAAGGUCGAAUUACACGUGGAAAAGACGCAGAAAGAGGUAUCUCAGGCCUCUCGAGAGAUUACUACGACCAAAAGCAACACGAACCGCCUGGUGGAGGCAAUGUGCCACCCAACAUCCCCAGGGACACGUACCGCGAAAAAUUCUCCAAGCUUCAGUCACGUGACAACUAGCUCAGAGUCGUACGUACAGGCCUGGGGACUGGGAUUGAGUAGUGGAGGAAGCUUGCCAUCAACCCCAUAUCCAAGCCAGGAGGACCUAGAGGUCUAUCUGGAACAUACCGAUCCAAAUAUCCUCAACCCGAUACGUCGAUUCCCGGAUAAGGUGGUGGAGAAGCAAGACACCACCAUCGCACAUCGACGAAUUGCGGCAGCCCGUAUACUACCUAGUGGCGAUAUUAUACUCUUACUAGGCACAGUGGACGAUGUCGACCAGCUUACCCGCAAGAAGGACUGGAUUAGGGCAUUCGGAAACGAAGCAUGUAUACGAAAACGUACAUGGGGCGUCGUCGUACACGGUGUCAACACGAAUAUCAACCCCAAACAGCCUCAAUUCAUAACCACGCUUACCUCAGAGAACGCCCCGGUGUUCGCACAGCUUCCAGCCUCUAUGAAUGUCACACACACGGGCUGGCUCCUAAGCGAGUAUAAGAUCAAGGAACAGAAGCUCACAAAUACCCACCUUGGAAGACAGCACAAUGUCUCAAUAUACGACAAAGCAGCCAAUCUCCAGCAGUGCUUCAAGUGUCAGAUGUAUAAAUAUAUCGCCAGGCACUGUCAGCACCAGAUCUGCUGCGCGUACUGCGCUGGAUCUCAUGAUACAGGGGAUUGCCCUACACCGAAAGAGAAAGAAUACGCUAAAUGUGCUAAUUGCACCGCAGAAAAUGUCCAUAUCAAAGAUCCUGCCAAGAGACUCAAUACGAAACACUUUGCGUACGCGAGGGAGUGCCCGAUACGAGCUACAUGCCUCACAGGGGCACAUCAACGACGUACAUACAGCCCACAAUAUCACACUCCUGUGAUACGACCUGGCAAUAUUUAGCCCAGAGCCAUCUCACCAAAUGACUCUACACCAGCUGAAGCAGCCAAUACAGAGCGAAGUCCUCGCGCACCGGCUCAUAUAGCCACCACACGUCGAUCUGCCAACUUAAGAAGUGAUCCUACCAAUAGAUCCUUGAAAAAGCCUAUGAGAGCGCAGUAGGAUAAAGAUCUAGUUAUAGAUGCAGAUCCUAAUCCUGAAUCUAAGAUAGAACCUG